AUGGCUGCUGCCGGAUUUUACCGAAUUCUACCAACUGCGGGCAAGUUCCGAUGUUGGAUUCGGCAGGAUCCUGACGCCGGAAUGGACGAUCUGGUGUUAAAACGUUUACAUGCAUUAAUUCCUAAUGCGUGUGAUAGUGUUCGACCGCUCGUAAAGCCAAGAGAAAUACCAACAAUUGCUAUUACUAACAAUGCAAUACAAAAAGCAUUAACACAUAUGACUUUACUACGCCCGACUGUGCUUCUGUCGGCAUUUCAAGAUUAUAAUAAUAUUUAUAAAAUACACCGAUCUGAACAACGUUUUCAUAAUACAAAACAAUUAAGCAAAACGUAG